GGCAGUGGAUGUAUCGAUUCAACUUUAAUUUUCAUGACCCACGACUGUGGCACAAAACUAUGCCGUAAGCUUUUAUUCCCGAGAGAAUAAUCCGACAAGAUAACAACCGCAAAAACUAUGACGGUGACGAACCGGGAGAAACGAUGCGAUGUCCGUACGUCACAUAUUUUGUCCGCUGCGUGCAAUUUGAUUAACAAGCGAAACGCCGUAGAGUCCAAAUUUUCCGCGUCGCCGGAUUCGAGCUGCGCCAAAAAUGUUGGUGAAGAUUAUAGUCCCAUGACUUUACCGACACCAGAGGAUUCAACUGCUUCGUGGUUAGAUGCCGAGGAUAGUUAUCAAGUCACUGAUUUCUUGGACGAAGCGUCGCGUAUACUUCACAACGAAGAAGACUUUUCUGACGCAUGUCACGAUCGACUACGGUCUGAAUAUGAACAAUGGAAAAGAAUUCCUCACUUAAGAAUAAUUGGAAAACGAAUUGAGUAUUCAUGUGAAAAGACUCUGGAGGAUGAUAAACAAAGUUGCCAGGUUGACAGUAGACCGUCAACCGCCGCUAACAACGGGGAUUUACAUUUACUGCGCAAUCAAGUAAUAAAUAUCAUGACGGAAACUUUAUGGCGACGAAUAUUAGACAAAACUAGCAUCAAAAGUGUGGGCCAAAGGCAAUCUGCGUUAGAAACACGACGAAAUUCUUACGGUCGAAUAGAGUCUGCAUUAAUUGUUUCAUCGAUACUGCCGGCUAACAGACCGUCAAUAAUGAUUAAAUCCCGUUCGAAUUUAGAAACGGUUAGCCAAACCAGUGGACUUGUAUCCCGACAUCAAAAUAACAAAGAAUAUAGUAAACAGCCACGGCCAAAAAACAAAUUCAAUGUUUUGCCACCUAUCGAAACACAUCAAAUGAGGAUAGUGGACAAAAAGAAACGUUGGUUUUCGGCCAUUAGCACACCUGGUAGAAACCACACAUUACCGAGACCAGUGACUUCGGUUGCGACUCACGUCAACACUUCGAUAAACGUGUGUUUUGACAUAUCUAUCGACGGCAAGAGCAUCGGAAGCUUAAAGAAAAAAGGUUACUGUUCGCCGUCGUGAUCACGCAGCCGACGUGAAAAUAUUCCGCGAUCGCGUUUACCUGCAAAAAAUUACUGCAUGCGUUAAAAAAAAAAUCUGUUUAAAAUAAUAAUAAAGCCAACAUAUUUUCGUCAAUACAGUAUAAUGUAAUAUUAUUAUUAUUAUAUUGUUUUAAUAUCAUACCCGUUGUCCCGACGGUACGAUAUAUAGACAAUAACCACGUCGGGCCGCGCAGAACACCGUUGCCCGCAUAUAUUAUAAUAUGAUAAAAUAUGUUAUGCGUGUAUCGUACGCACAUAAUAUAAUAUUAUAAUAAUAUCGUCGUCGACCGCUGUUUUUACUUUUUUUUAAGGUUUUUUUUUUUCCACUAGGAAACUAGGUAUAUAGGUAUAGCGCGUAACCGUUCGCGUACAGCCGCGGCCCGUCGCCGACGACGACGACGCUGCCGCCGCCGCCGCCACAUCCUAUAUUUACGAUUUAUAUUUACUCUUCCCCGCCACGAUUCGCCUCCACCUCUCCGCCGCACACCGCUUCCGCUUCCACGGCGAACUUGUGCGGUGCGAGCGACGAUUUUACGUACGUUUAUAUAUUUAUUUUUUUCCCCGUUUUUAUUUUCGUGCACGCCGACUCGCGCACGCCCGCCGUAAGGUCAGCGCGACCGAAGGUGAGUCGGUUUGGCAGACGAAUAAUUAUUAUUAUCGUCGUCGUCGUUUGAUUGUGCGAGCGCACACAAUAAUAUAUAAUAUUAAUACAGUGUACUUGCGAGUGUUGCGACGCUGUGCGGUAUCGUUGUGACGAGCGAAAUAUCAUUUACGCGCGAUAAUGUCGACGAUGGAACGCGUAAAUAUCAUGUAUAUCCUGCCGCGGCGGCCGUGCCAGUAGUGCGGUGGUCCUGCGACUAGAGUCCUGCGAAUCGCAAGGUUAGGCUAACCUGCCGCUGUUACGAUAAGGGACGGUCGCACUCGGCCCGACAAGUCUCGUCGUCGGCCGGUCGGUCGGCGAUUUUUCAGACGUUUUUUUUCCCCCGAUUUUUCUUGGCCCGGAUCCGGCGGUCGUCGUACGC